AUGGCCACUAAGCAGAGCGAGGAUGUAUCCAGAGACAUGACGGACGAGAGCCAAAGCAGUGGACUCAUAGAGAGGAUCAGGAAGUUCAACCCCAAGGAAGUUUUGACCUGGCAGUUGGCCAAGUCGUUGGCGAUGGGUCAGGGCCUGGCUGCACUCAUCUGUGGGACAGCCAUCACGUCCCAGUACCUGGCCACCAGCUUCCAUGUGAACACUCCCAUGCUGCAGAGCCUCCUCAACUACAGCUUGCUGUGUGCCACCUACAGCACCAUGCUGCUCUGCACAACAGGGGAUGGAAAUAUUUUACAGAUACUGAAGAGGCGAUGGUGGAAGUACCUCCUGCUGGGGCUGGUGGAUGUGGAAGCCAACUACACUGUGGUUAAAGCUUAUCAAUACACCACCCUCACCAGUGUACAGCUGCUGGACUGCUUUGUGGUUCCCGUCCUGAUGAUCCUCUCCUGGUGGGUUUUGAAGACACACUACAGGCCGGUCCACUAUGUGGCUGUCUGCAUUUGUCUCCUCGGAGUGGGGGCCAUGGUGGGGGCAGACCUGCUGGCUGGACGAGACCAGGGCUCCACCUCAAACAUCCUGUUGGGUGACGGUUUGGUGCUGCUCAGUGCCUCCCUGUACGCGGUCUCUAAUGUGUGUCAGGAGUACACAGUGAAAAACCACAGCAGGGUAGAGUUCCUGGGCAUGGUCGGCUUGUUUGGCACAAUCAUCAGCACCAUACAGAUGGUGAUCCUGGAGCGUAAUGAAGUUGCUGCCAUCCAGUGGAGCUGGCAAGUGGGGCUCCUGUUCUCUGCCUAUGCUCUGUGUAUGUAUGCUUUGUACAGCUGUAUGCCCAUAGUGAUCAGGCUGAGCAGCGCAACCUCCGUCAACCUCUCCCUUCUCACAGCCGACCUCUUCAGCCUCUUCUGUGGGAUCUUCCUCUUCCAGUAUAAUUUCUCCGGGCUCUACCUGGUCUCGCUGGUGGCCAUCCUCAUUGGCUUCAUCGCCUUCAACGCCGUGCCAACGCCCUCUGACCGCAUUGAGCCCACCACCAACUCCUCCAUCAGAGAAGAAGGUUACUAUGACAAUCCGGUGGCCUCUCAGGAUGACAUCAUCAAGCAGGAGGUGGCCGUGACGAUUGCCACUGAGGAGGAAGAGGAGACGAGAGGAGAGAAUGAAGAGGUAAGGCAGAAGAGGAGGAAGAAAAGGUCUUCAAGGUCAACACAGAGCCAUGGAAGAUGGAGUGAAGAUGAUGGAAAUGAUGAUGUUGGACAAAGCACUAAAAUGUGAACUACAGCACAAAAACCUGUUUAUAUGUCAAAUUUUAAACAUAAGAAGAAACAAGAAACAGAUGAAAAGAAA